CUGGGUAUUAACACACAUUCAAGCGUCACUCAUCCCAUUUCUUGAUCCAACAUGACUUCGUUCAACUCACCGGCUAUCGUGAGGAGUCUCGCCCAAAACUUGGAAAAGGAUGUCGAGACUCUGACCAAUUAUUUGGACUCUGUCGGCCAGCCAGCACCAUCAUUCGAUCUCCAUAGCCCGACAGUUGUUCUUCCUGGCAAUGCCCCAUCCCAUGCUCAUGAGGCACGGGAGCGCAUUCUUGACCACUGUCUGCGACUGUUCCGGCUUACGGCUGGGCCAAGUGAAUAUUUGGCCAACCUUCAAACUGGUUAUCAUUAUAUCUCUUGUCUACGAUGGCUUUGCCAUUUCAAGAUAUUUCAUCUUGUUCCUAUCCAGGGGUCUAUAUCCUACUCCGACCUGGCUGUCCUUGCCAAGGUCCCUGAAAGCGCACUCAAGAGCAUUGCUCGUAUGGCAAUAACCGAUGGGCUUUUCAUUGAGAAGCCUGAACAGCAUCUUGCCCACUCCACGACCUCUGCGUUAUUGCAAAGGAAUUCAGCCUUCCAUGACUGGGCUAUCUUCAACAGUGAUAUUUCCGCCCCAACUGCUCUAGCAAUGGUGGACGUGCACGAGAAGUGGCAGGGCUUUUUGGACACCACUCAUACUGCCUAUAAUGCUGCAUUUGACACCGAUGUAUCAUUCUUCAAACACCUCGGUCAGCAGCCCGAGCGCCACCGUCAAUUUGCAGGAUAUAUGCGUGCCGUAACAGAGAGCCAAGGAACUGGUCUAAAGCAACUAGUCGACGGAUGGGACUGGGCGGGCUUGGGAAAUGCCCUGGUGGUUGAUGUCGGGGGUUCGACUGGACAUGCCUCAAUUGCUCUAGCUCGGCGAUACCCUGAGCUUACCUUCAUUGUUGAAGACUUACCCGAGGUUGUGGAAGGGGGCCCAAAGUAUCUCGCUUCACAAGAUGAUCGGCAAGCUUUGGAAGGCCGUGUGUCUUACAAAGCGCACAGCUUCUUCGACCCUCAGCCUGUCCAAGACGCAGAUGUAUAUCUUUUGAGAAUGAUUCUGCACGAUUGGGCAUCUGCUGAUUCUGUGCGCAUUUUGAAGCAUCUGGCCGAGGCUCUCAAGCCUGGUUCGAGAAUUAUCAUCAUGGAUACAGUGCUACCUGAUCCGGGUAGCAUUCCGGUAUCGAAGGAGAGAUUGUUGCGUGUGCGGGAUUUAACGAUGAUGCAAGUAUUCAACAGUCAAGAGAGACAUCUCGAGGACUGGGAAGACAUCAUUAGCAAGGUUCCUCGGGGGCUCAGGAUGGAUCAGGUAAUCCAGCCUUCAGGAAGUGUCUUAUCCCUCAUUGGACUAGCUUUAAAGUGACCUGAGCAUAAAUUUUGUUCUUCAUUGCCACAGAGACCUGUCGUGUUGAACUUCGGGCGUG